UUCCGGAAAUGUCCACACUCCCACGUUCCAUCGGGCAGCAUCCGGCGGCAGCGGGGCCUGUGGCUCCCCCUGCGGGCGGCUUGGCGGCGUGCACGGUCCGGCCUCCUGGCUGGUGGGGUGCUGAGGCUCGGGCAGCAUGACGACGGAGACCUUUGUCAAGGAUAUCAAGCCCGGGCUCAAGAAUCUGAACCUUAUCUUCAUUGUGCUGGAGACAGGCCGGGUGACCAAAACAAAGGACGGCCACGAGGUUCGGACCUGCAAAGUGGCAGACAAAACAGGCAGCAUCAAUAUUUCGGUCUGGGACGACGUGGGCAACCUGAUCCAGCCUGGAGACAUUAUCAGGCUCACCAAAGGAUAUGCUUCUGUGUUCAAAGGUUGUCUGACACUGUAUACUGGCCGUGGGGGUGAUUUACAGAAGAUUGGAGAAUUCUGUAUGGUCUAUUCUGAGGUUCCUAACUUCAGUGAGCCGAACCCAGAGUACAGCACCCAGCAGGCACCCAACAAAGCGGGGCAGAACGACAGCAGUCCUACAGCCCCCCAGGCUACCACUGGACCCCCUGCUGCCUCACCAGCUUCUGAGAACCAGAACGGGAAUGGACUAAGCACCCCACCAGGUCCUGGUGGUGGCCCACACCCCCCUCACACUCCCUCCCACCCACCUAGCACCAGAAUCACUCGAAGCCAGCCCAACCACACACCAGCUGGCCCUCCUGGCUCCUCCAGCAAUCCCAUAAGUAACGGCAAAGAAACACGCAGGAGCAGCAAGAGAUAGCAAGACAUUCUUCCUUUUCUACUGCCAUCAGCAUAACCCAGGUGUCUGCUAGAGAAAUAGACAGGCUAAUAGGUUUCUGGCUUUGGGGUGGGGGCUGGAGUAGCAGCCCUAGCCACUAAGGGGUGGUGAGCUGCGUGGCUUUAUUCACCCAAAACUCAUAAUCCCUCUUGUCCAGCUGAGCUGCCUGUCCCCUGUGAUCCAGGACCCUCUACCUGCCCUCUUUCCUCUUUAGAAACUAUAGUUACAUAGUUUGUUUCCUAUGUAAUGUGGGGGUAUAAUUGAAAUCCUCCUUCCUAAUAAAUGUUUCCACUCUU